AUGGCGAAGCGGCAUCGUGAUGGGCCGGGGCUUGAGGAUCUGCAGGAUGAAAGGGUCAUCCGCAUCUGCGCAUCUUGUCCUUCAGAGGAGUACAAUCGCGCCGAGGGCAUCUGCAGCGAGCUGCACAUCACGACGACCUUCGGUAGAAAGGGCGACUUCAUGGAAGAUACAGACGGUCAAGGUUGGUUCGGGAAGUGGCAGAACAGAGUGCUACAAUCCAUGGAUGUACUGCUGCAGAAAUUCAAGAAUACGGAGGAAACUGUCGACAUCCAACUCGUACUGAUCAUGGAUGGCAAGAGCGACAACUGCCGAAAUGAGCGCGAUAAGAUCAACGACCUCGAAGAAUCGCUGAAGCAUCAUUAUCAGAAUUCAGCCUUGACUUUCGACGUGCAUCACAAGCAGCUGUACAUUGAAGACUUGAUGAAGGAGAUUCGUAAGAAGCCCACAGAGGAGAGCGUCGUUCAGGCUGCCUACCAGAAAUUCCUUGACGGUGACCUCAGCGAGAGCUUUCAUGUCCGUGCCUGGUCUUUCCACCUGAAGGCGCUUGCUCUGGAGGCGCAGGUCUCGUCACCGGGACCAUCCGCGAAGCUCUUGAUCGACCAUGGAGACUUGGUUGGAUCCGCACUGAACGGGGAGAGCAAAGACCGGCUGAGUGGCUGCGACCAUCUGAAAGAACGAGUGGACCGGCUCCUCUCCUGCUGUGCCGUGUCGAAACGAAUUGGGCCCAUCAUCAACCGUUGGAAGAUCCCCAUCAGGUUCGACCCGCAGAGUCUGCUGGUCGCAUGGGCUCUGGACCAGCGAGUGGAUCUCGAAUCAGAGGAAGAGCUGGCAAGAUGCCUGCCAGAGAUCGCCGAGCACAAAGGACGAGAGAUCGGCUUGACUGAGUGGAACCAAGAGGGCAAGACCCGCCUUGCAAUCUUCAAGCGAUGGUACCGUGUGCCGGAUAUUCAGGAUGCAUCCCAAAAGGAGCGAGAGCUGCAGGAGAUCUUGACGGAGGCCAAGAAGGCCGGGUUGUCCUUGGACUUGCUCGAGAGAAUCCAGAAGAAGCAGGACGGAUGGCGGGACGGCAACGUUGACGAGGAGUCGGAGUUGCACCCCGAGGAAAUGCUCUACCUGAUGCCCAAAGGGCCACCUGCCAAUGGCCUUCCUACGAGAGUCAGCUUCGAGGGGCGCAUCGUUCCCGGUGCGAGGGUAUGUUGGAUUUCAUUCCCCGCCAGAUAUGCGCCUUGCUGGGAUGCUUUGACGGGAGAGUCUGCUACGGAUUCUGUGGCCUGCAUCUUCCAAGCGGAGGAAGAUGGUCACGAGAAAGACGGCUGCGGAGAAGGAGACCCUGGCUGGCAAAGCAAGUGGCUUGCGAGGGUUCAAGAGGCUGUCGACAACGGUCAGCGCUUGAAGGUGGCCCUCCCACCCGGGCGGGUGGAUGCGACGCAAGCCAUGGAGCUGGCAAAGGCCAAGGAGAUGGGCUGGAGCUACGAAGAGGUGGACGUCUGCGAUGUGCUGGAAGAGCAGUUUGCGAGGGGCCAUCUGGUCGACGCCUGGUGCGAGGCCACGAGGUCCUGGCGACGAGGAACCGUCGAGAAGCAGGACGUCCUGGACGUCGAGCAGGAAGACGGUUCCGAGGAUGCCGUGGUGCGAUGGACGCUACGAUGUCAGAUCACCAAGCAGCAGACCUUCGAUUCCCCGUGCGUUUGCAGCACUGCUGCGACCAUGCAAGCCUUGCUGGAUCAUGUCGGCGAUGCAAAGCUGCGAGGGAUCCUCAUGGAGUGCCUUCCGCACGUAGAUGUGCUGGACAUCGGCACCCAUCGACUUCGCCCAGACCUGGUGGCCCUAAGAGCAAAGCUGCAGAUCAAGUCCAUCGGAACACUGCAGAAGCUGAGAGACAGAGUCCUCAAUGACGAGCUCGAGGUAGAGAUCAACCAAAAGCUUGCCGAUCCCCGCUGGGAGGUGGCAGUCAGCAAAUCCCAGUUUCUGCAAGUGUACGACUCCAGCCUGCGGGCCCUCGACAAGCUGACGCGUCACCAGAGAGAGCGCCUCAAUGCUAUCAAAUGCUUGGAGAGGGUGCACUUGUCGGCUCCGGCCGGUGCAGGCAAGACCUUCGUGGCAGUCGAGCGAGUGGUCGAUGAAUUGACUCCUGCCGCUGAUGAGCCCGCUCCUCGCGUCCUCUAUGUCUCGGCUACCGUGGAGCUGGUUUGCUACUUCGUCCAGUGGCUGGCCGUACGCCUCCGGUCACAGAGGAAAGAUUUGGGGCUUCUUUCUGGGUUGCUGGUCCUUUUCAAGCCAUACAAACAGCUCCUACAGCUUCGCAUGCCCGCCGUGCAAGAGGGGCGCAUCGAGUUCGAAGCAGCAAACAUCAACCACGACAAGAAUGACAAGUUCGAUCUGCUUGUCAUUGACGAGUGUCACAACAUGUACCAAGACGGAGUGGACCGCGGCAUAAUUGACGAUUUGCAUUGCAGCAGAAAGCUGCUUCUGUCGGACCGUGCCCAGUCUUCGGCCGUGACGGCCACAUUUCCAGACAUGGAGAAGGUGCAACUGACAGAGGUAGUCCGGAGCACACGGCAGAUCGUCUUAGGUGCUGCGUCGUUCCAGGUCAAUGCCGAAGCUGCCGUGCCCGCCGGCACCGAUGGCCCGCCGGUGAAGUCAUUCAUCUUUGAGGCUUCGAAGGAUGAGGCUGAGCGGAUGAAGCAUUAUGCCCGUCGCGUGAUGCAGGCCAUCGUGCAUGUUGAGAACGUGUAUUCGGGUGUCAGGCUGCACAGGAGGCUUGCCAUCUUCGUUCCAGAUGACCAGUUCCUGAGAAAGUUGAAGAAGGCCUUGAGCCCGUUGCUGCGCGACGGACUCCCAGACCGAAAGUUCCGCUUCGUCAAGCAAGGGGAGUCCCUGCGCUCACUGCCGCAGUGGCUUCGCAGCACUGGCAUCCAGCGUGUUGCUGGGGAGCAGGAGGAGCGAGGGCAGGAAGACAUCAUCCUCGACACCGUCGAUGUUGUGGAUGGGCUGGAGCAUCUCAUCGUGAUUUGCGUGGGGCUCGAUGCACCGAUUCAGGGCGAGGCCCGCGAUCUCGUGACACGGGCGGACCUCUACAAGGGUCUCACGCGAGCUCAGCUGCUCGCUGUCGUGGUGAACGAGGAGGUCGAGGACGGAUGGUUCGCAUUCCUGAGCAACGUCCGCUACGAAAGCAGUCGGCAGCUUUUAGAGGAGGCGUCGAAGCAUCGAUCCCAAGCUGCAGCCAAAGUUUGGCAGGUCGCCGCAGACUCCCCACAGAAGCCUGCACAAAAGAAUGACGCAGCUUCAGAGAAGCUGCACCAACAGAAGCCGCCGCCGUCUCAGUCAGAGCGCACCUGGAACACCAAGAAGUCCCCCCAGGUUUCGAAGAAGGUGCCGCAGCAGGUGUCUAGCAUCUGGGACACCAGGAGCAACGAGGUCUCGGGUCUCAAGAAGCCGGCUUUCGACCCCCUGAGAGCUGCCAAAGUUCAGGCCCAGGCCGACCAAUUCAAGGAGGAUAUCGAAACGCUGCAGCGCAACGACACCGAGGCGCAGCUUCAGGCAGCAGUGAAGCUCCGGGAUCUGGCAGCAGAUGAUGACAACAGGGUCUUCAUCGCAGCGGCCGGGGGAAUUCCUGCACUCGUGGAUCUGCUCACGAGCAGCACGCCGGACGCCCAGCGCCACGCCGCAUCGGCACUUUGGAAUCUGGCCGUAGACGACGACAACAAGAUCUCCAUCGCUGAAGCUGGGGCGAUCCCUCCACUGGUGGCGCUGCUAACCCACGGCACGAUGAACGCUCAGAAGAAUGCCACAGGAGCGCUUUCAGAGCUGGUGGUGGAAGCAGACAACAAGUCCUCCAUCGCAGUGGCCGGGGCGAUCCCCCCACUCGUGGAGCUGCUGAGCAGCAGCAACCCCGAGGUCCAGGCAGCGGCCGCAAGCACGCUUUACGAGCUGGCAGAAGACGAUAACAACAAGAGUGCCAUCGCGGAGGCCGGCGGCAUCCCUCAGCUGCUGAACUUGCUGAACAAUCCGAGUGUCCAGGAUGAGGCCACAUUGGCUCUUGCUCAAUUGGCAACACACGAAGACGGGCAUGCCCUUAUUGCCCAGGCCGGAGGGAUUCCUCCGCUAGUUCAGCUUCUGACAGCAAGCACGACGGCGGUCCAGGCCACGGCCGCAACAACGAUUGGGAAUUUGAUGACGGCCGGAGUCAUCACCGAAACGGACAUUGUUUUCGUGCCAGGAGCUGUUCCUAAGGCGCAGGCCAACAGAGUCGGCUUUGCAGCGGCAGGCGCGAUCCCUCCGCUAAUCAGGCUGCUCAAUCAAAAGGAGACGGCUGCGAGUGCCGCACAUGCUCUUCGGGAACUGGCCGCGGACAACGAAGACAAUCAGGUGGCCGUGGCGGAAGCGGGUGGCAUCCCUCCGCUAGUGCGGCUCCUUUUGAGCAGCGACGGCGCUGAUCAGCAGAGGUCCGCGGGUGCCUUGGGCAACCUCGCAGACAACGCAGACAACAUGGCAGCCAUCGUAGCAGCCGGUGCCGUCCCUCACUUGGUCACCUUGAUGAGUGGCGACAACCAAAAAGCCCAAGAGCGGGCGCCAGGGGUGCUCCUGAAGUUGUGCGCCCACCCCCAGGGUCUCAGCGAGGCGAAGGCUUCGGGGGCUUUGGGCGCCGCCGCCGAGCUGGAAGUGUCCGGGACGCCUGCGGCGCAAGAGGCCGCGAAGCGGCUGGUGGAGCUGCUGCGGCCGGGGCGCUGA